AAUGACGGUGACUGCCGAGACGUUUCGGGCCGUGGAACACGCAAAGAUGAGACCGUUUCGUUUGACGUGCAUGUAGGUCAAUCCGUCCGGCAUGAGAAAGACGGGUGGGGCAUCUCCGGUCGAAAUAGAGGAGGAAAGGCCCUCCUCCGCCGAACCAUUGUCGCCGGAGCCCGAUCCCCCAUCCGAAUUCACUCCUCCCGCUCCGGCGUUGUCGUCCCAGAAUUUGAUUUUUCGGAAGAAAGCCUCGGUGUGACUUCUCUCGUGGGAUCCGGUCCUGUCACCUUCGGUCCUGUAUCGCUUGGCAAUAAUAGUGUCACCUCGCGGAGACAAGACAAAAAAGUUGGAUAUCAUGGUGAUUCGUUCAUGCAAUGCGAUUUGGCAUGGGUGUCUCUCCAAAUGAAAGACGGCGUUUUUACUACCUGAAUGUACCGAUGCAACCCAAAAAUGACUAUCAUUCGAACAUGCGCAGCUUUCAAACUUUUCCAUUUCCAGAGCCGUUGCAAGAACCAAAACGCACAGUCUUUGGGGUUGGGGGCAUCUAGGAUCAGGCUCUUCAUUCGGGGGAAUAAAGGGAGGAUAAUAUCUUGUCCGUCCUUCGUUCCAAGAUGCUUGGUGAAAGAAUUGUUUUUAAGAAAGAACAGCUGUCGGUGUCAGAAGUAAUUACCACCACGCACGUCCAAUAAAGAAAGGAGAAAUCAAUUGCGAACAAACAGUACGGUACAAUACAGUACGGUACAAUACAGUACGGCACAGUACAGUAAGUUCGUUCCUCAAAGUACGAGUAUAGUACCGUACAGCCGCAACGGUGAUGUAAAGGUACAAACGUCGCAACGCAACGUGCUCCUUGAUGCAUUAUUUUUUGUCAAGAACGUUGCUGUACGAUACUACCCCCGACUACCGUAUGGUAGUACCUUACUCGUACGGGCCGGACCAUCCAAGUGCUGGUGGGUUUUCGAGAGGGUUUUCCUUCUGUUGACAAUUAUUCUCCUUCCGGUUCUUCCUCCACUACGGUACGAGCACCACACCCUUUCAACCAUUCCUUUUCCUACGCCGAAGCAUCAUCACAUCCAAUCAUGGUAAACCUGCGAAAACAUUUCGAUGGCUCGCAAUCCUUCCAGAGAAUGUUGCCAGGAACGGUUGAAGCGUUGAACCGUGCUCUGUCGUAAACGAAGUUACGCGUGCACGGCAGCCGGUGCCUGAUGCUGCUGGAUGCGCCCGGGGACGGAGUCAUGCCAUUGAGACGGGGUCAUUUGAGCGCCUUGGUCGGCGCUUGUCUUUCUCCUGGGCGUCUAUCACCACGGAGCAAGCACGAUGCUCCUAGCGUCGACGGCAUCUCAACGAUUUGCCUGCCAUCGGGCCUAUGCUGCUUGUUCUUUCCUUGCAAUAUGCUGCGUUGGUGGCUGUGGUAAGGAGCUGCGUUUCGCAUGGGUGACCCCUGACGUGAUGACCCGUAUUUCUCAUUUCUUGGAAGUGAGAAACCCACAUUGUCUGGAUUGCGUUGUUCCAGUAUGCAAAGAAAGCUUGUUUGAAUGUUCAUAGAAGCCGGGACCACACCUAUUCUAUCACUUGGUUGAGCAGGCCGCUCUCGUUUCAACGGAAGUGACAACUAUACCUGCAACUGCUGAUGCAAGUGCUAGAAUAGAUUUGUAGCACCUACUGAUACGAUACUUUGCGACGAUUGAAAUAAGGAACAGCGCCACUACACCUGCUACUAUUGAUACGAGUGGUAGGAUAGGUCUGGUGCAUUUUCCCUCCCCCUCACGAAACAACGCCUCCCUUGAGGUGUUGCGCGUUGUGGAAGGGUCAUAGACCCUGUUCGAACGACUUUUUGAACCACAAUCCGGAAUGCAGGCUGAUAUUGGAAUCGUUGGAGUCGUUAUCUCGACGAAAUCGACCGCGACAAGACGGCAACUAUGUUUUGCAUAUGAUCCGAAUGAGUUCCUCUCAGAGGUUUCGGCUGAUGUGGAUUGUGGGAGGACCGCAGGCGAGAACAAAACGAAGGAAAAUGAAGUGAACACGAGAGAGUUCCACAGCAAGGAACAUGCAUGAAGGAUCCAAGGAUCUGAUGUUUCGUGAGUCCACUGUUGUGGCAGACUGCAACGCCUUGAUCGCACUUUGAAAGAGUUUCCGAUAGUGGAACUCACCACGCGCGUGCACCGCAGCAGCAUCUCUAAGAAGCAGUCAGGGCCUCGACGACGACCACUUCGAAACAUAUGUUUUAUGAGCAAAUAUCUUCACCGAGAGUGAAUCCCCCGCCACCGACCUACUCUAAUUCGUUGGUGGGAAUGCGGAGGUCACUCUUCUUCACUGUGUACUAUUCCGCGUUACGAUUCAUUGGCGAAGGAAACUGCAGCCAUGGAAUGGCAACCUUCGACGACGACAAAUCUAGUAAAUCCGAGAGCCCCCGAAUCAGGCAGAUUCAUCGCUUCUACGCACCGUGAUACUUCGGCAAGUCAAUGAUUCGUACAUUGGCAUGCACCUUGGAACAUCCAUGGUACUGUUCCUAUUGCUCCCCACGACACGAACAUACUAACAACGACGUAGCACAGACGACAACAACGGCGUUUUCGAAAAAGCUUUCAAAAUUCUACGUUCAAGAGAGGUUGCUUCAAUUGAGUAGCAGCUUGCGGGAUCACCAUGUUCUUCGAUUCGACUUUAUGGUUUUUCGGGUUCGGAACACGGCAAUGAAAAUGUCGACUGACGACCGGGUCGACGAGAUGAAUGAAAUUCGACUGGAUUCAAUCGUUCUUCCCCGGUUUAGGGCCUCUGGAUAAGGAUAGGGUUUCGUGAGUUUAUCGGCGCAGGAAGCUGGUAAGUACUAUUACAAAACACCAAGCGCUUUGUAUCCGCUGAGCAACGAAAAGAAGAUCCAACCCAAUGAACUCUGAAAAUCAAAAUCCACGACACGACAAUCAACAAGUGACGACGAGAAUUAGUGUUCGUUUCGAAAUAGAGUGUGCAAAACGAAUAGAGGAAUGAUGGUACAAAAUGUACGUGGCUUGCCUUGGUACCGAAUACCGGAGGGAUGCUCAGGCACAAGCGAUAACUCUAGAACAUUUGAAGCAUGCUACGACAAUCGACAAGAGACGAACCACUGACGGCAUCAAUUUCGUUCCGCAAACAGAGAUAUCGAUGGCGACCUCAAAUGCGGCUGCUAGGGUCAACAGUAACGUCGAGAAGAACCCAGCAGAAUAGUAGAGAAGUAAUCCCGAAUCUCACAACAAACAUACAACAGUAAUACUGUAAUUGCCGUACUUAAUUUUUCCGAAACUCAGUGAUGUAAAA